ACUAUAAUACCUUAAGAUCAUAUUCACAUUCACAACCUAAAGAGUAGAAGAGCAAAUUAAUAAACUCUAAAAGUGGAUCCAAGAAGACAUGGAAAGUUGCCACUAUCUUCACAAACAUCAGAGGCUAAAGAGAAAGAGGAUGACACAUUAUUAAAUGAUGAAUUUGAUGCUUAUUAUGCAUCAAAUUCUUGGUCUUCAGACACUGAUUUGUCUACUAUGGUUUCUGCCCUCUCUCAAGUUAUGGGAACAUCUACCAAUAAAAAUAAUCCACACAUGACACAAUCAAUUGCAACCUCAACUAACAUGGUCAAGGAAGAACCUCAACCUCUUCUAGAUCAAGAGAGCACAAAGAAACCACACUACAGAGGAGUGAGACAGAGACCUUGGGGAAAAUGGGCAGCUGAAAUUCGUGACCCAAAAAAAGCAGCAAGAGUUUGGUUAGGAACAUUUGAUAAUGCUGAAGAUGCAGCUAUUGCAUAUGAUAAAGCAGCACUCAAAUUCAAAGGCACAAAAGCUAAGCUUAAUUUCCCUCAAAGAAUAGUUCAAUGCAACAACAAUUCUAAUAUGUUACAACAACAACAAGGUUCUUAUAGCAACAAUUUUAAUAUGUUACAACAACAAGGUUCUUAUAACACUUCCACUAGUGCUACUAAUAGUUCCAUUCAACAAAGUGGUUGUGUUUCUAAUGAUCAACAAGUUUUCCCAAACUUGUUUCAAUAUGCUCAAAUUCUUUCUAGUGAUGCUGAAUUCCCUUAUUAUGCAUCCAAUCUCUUCAACCAACAACAACAACAAGGAGAUGAUCAUCAUCCACCAAGCUAGUAGAAUCUAUAUGUCAAUUUUGAUCUAGAAAGAUUAAUGGUUCUCCCAUUUUGUUUCGAAUUUAAAGUGUAUAAGUAUUAUUUGAAUUAUAUCUUUCAAUGUGGAACUAAAUACACUCUAGUACAUCCAUCUCAAUGAAGGAAUGUGACUAGGGGCGGAUUGGAAUUUAACAAGAAUUUUCGAAUUAUGUUACUGCUACA